UCAGUUUGAAUCCGUACGGCGUAAUGAUUUCUAAAAAUACUUUUAAUGUUUUUACGCGCAUCGUGGAUUAACCCUUGAUUAUUACGUAAUCAAUACGAUUGCACGAAGCAAUUGGAAAUUUGGGAUGCUGACUUGUGGAUUUCAUUUGUAGAAACCAGCAAAUAUUCAACUAUUUUUCUUCCGCGAAUUGUGCGCGCAACGUAGCGCUUUCAUGGAGUUCUCGCGUUCUGCAUCUAUCUCUCUGGACAAUAAUGCCACUGGACUUUCCCAGCGAUUCCGUUCACGGUCCAAUUCAGGAGUUCGUCUGGAUUUUUAUCAACGAUUGGUUUACAAAACCAUAUUGAAAUAUCAGGAUCCCGUGAGCGGACUGUUCCCUGGCUCAGCAGAUGUUCAUGAUGCCUGGAUUCGGGACAAUGUGUAUUCGGUGCUCUCAGUGUGGGCCUUGUCGCUCGCAUACAGGAAGAACUCGGAUCUGGAUGAGGAUCGCGCUAAAUGCUACGAAUUACAGCAAAGAUGUAUAAAAAACAUGCGGAGCCUGCUGAUCUGCAUGGUGAAGCAGGCAGCGAAAGUGGAGAAAUUCAAGAAGACCCAGAGUCCACUGGAUUCUCUGCACGCCAAGUACGGCUGUCGUACGCUGCAGACGGUGGUGGGAGACGGCGAGUAUGGCCAUCUGCAAGUGGAUGCGGUCUCUCUCUAUCUGCUCAUCUUGGCGCAAAUGACAGCUUCCGGUGUCCAGGUGAUAUAUACGUUGGAUGAAGUUGCCUUUGUGCAGAAUCUGGUCUUUUAUGUGGAAGCGGCUUACCGAAUCCCGGAUUACGGUGUCUGGGAGCGGGGAGAUAAGACGAAUCAUGGGCUUCCGGAAUUGAAUUCGUCUUCCGUUGGGAUGGCUAAGGCAGCUUUGGAGGCUUUGAAUGACUUGGAUCUGUUUGGUGCUCGUGGUGGUCCAGCGAGUGUUAUACACUGCAUACCGGACGAAACCCAGAAAUGCCAUGCCGUGCUGCAGUCGAUGCUUCCCCGUGAAUCCAAUUCGAAAGAAGUGGAUGCAGCAUUAUUGUGCGUUAUUGGCUAUCCGGCUUUUGCUGUGGAGGAUCCGGAUUUAAUCCAUCUUACGCGGCACACUCUCAUUGAUAAAUUACAGGGACGGUAUGGUUUACGACGGUUUUUGCGCGAUGGUUACCGGACUUGUCGUGAAGAUUCCAAUCGCCUGCAUUAUCAACCGUGGGAACUUAAAGCCUUCGAAAACAUUGAAUGCGAGUGGCCAAUGUUUUUCUGUUAUCUGUUGCUGGAUGCUUAUUUCAACAAUGAUACGGAGGCUGCGCAGCAGUACUGGCAGAUGCUGGAAGACAUCAUCGUUGUGACUGAUGACGGUUUAAAAGUUCUGCCCGAAAUGUACACCGUCCCAAUUGAUAAAAUCGAAGCCGAACUCAAGUCCCCACAUUCUCAAGAUAGGUGUCCUAUUGGAAGGAUACCAUUUUUAUGGGGGCAGUCGCUUUACAUAUUAUGUUGCCUAAUCAGAGAGGGUUUUGUUGCAUGUGGUGAAAUAGAUCCCUUGUGCAGGCGGUAUAUCACCGAAAAGAAACCCGAUGUUGUUGUCCAAGUUGUACUGCUAGCCGAUACGGAAGCGGUACAAGAAAAACUGCGGAAGGUCGGCAUAGAGGUGCAAACCGUAAAUGAAGUUUCGCCGAUCGAAGUAUAUCCAGCCCGUGUUUUGAGCUACAUUUAUGGACAGCUGGGCAAAAGUCGCAAAUUAGCGCUAUCUGGGCGUCCCUCUAGUGAAGUUGGAGUUCUGAGCACCAGUACAUUGUAUCAACUUCACGAUCGCGUUAUUGCUUUUAUGCCGCAGUUUCUCGAUCCCGAACAUUUUUACUUGUCGACGGACGUCAGUCUGCUGGUGGACAUGUUUCGCACCGACAUCGCUUUCCUUAAAUCUAACUGGCGAAUGCUGGGCCGACCUACCAUCAUCUUGGAAUUCUCUGAACGCUCCUUCGAUAGCGAUGGUAAAUUUCAUCCAGCUCUAGCAGCGACUUAUCGUAAAGGGAAGACCGGAUAUCUUCAUGGCGCAAGGGUGGUGUUAGGAUCUCUUUCGGAUUUCUUAAACACUUCCUGUAUUUGUACUCUACAAUUCCUGGAUUCUAGCAUUGAUACCGGGAAGAUUUCUCGUAAAAGCAUUGAUAAAAAUAUUCGUGGUUACAUCGACCAACUGAUGUCCAAGCAGAGGAUAUCGAAACCAUCGCUCCCGACUCAGACCCAUAAAGAAAUGAGCAAACGGCGUCUGUCGCGAGACAUGCGAUCUCGAACGGGUUCGAUAGCGGGUUUAAUCCGUCGUGGACGCUCUAUUCAAGUGGAUACAGCCGACCCGGGAAUGAUUAAUAUUCGUUCUCGUCUGCCCUCACAAGAAUUCCAAACGGAGGAUGGUCAGCUGCCGGAGAAUUUCCAUACUAGCUCCGUUGAUAAAAUGAUGUUCCAAGAUAUGUCGGAAAAAGAGAAAACCGAAUUGGACCCCCAGGAAUUGUUGGAUAUGCUCCAAAUGACAGAAUCCCUGGGUGAACAGGCGGAGAUCAUUUAUUUUCUGUAUUUGACUCAAGGCCUUAAUUGGGAUACUAGGAUGACUAGUCGGAGUGGGAAAGUGACUGUAGGAGACCUUAUCAGAGAGUUGUACGAAAAGGCAUGUCAGAGUAAGAAGUGGUGGUUGGUGCGGCACUCAGCAGGAAUGCUGGAUAAGCGGGUGGAAGAUUUGGCACGCGCCGUUUCCGACUUAAUUGUCCACCAGAAACAGGUCACGGUGGGAAUGCCAUCUGACAAUGAGAUUACCAUAACAAGGCCUUUACCGCCAGAUGAGCUGCAGCAUCUGAUUCGUAAUGCUUACAAGGCCGACAGCAGUACGGCUAUGUUGACUCAGGAGCUCCUUAUGUAUUUGGCAAUGUUUGUACGAACCGAACCGGAACUUUUCCAUGAUCUGUUACGUCUGCGGGUCGGUCUCAUUAUACAGAUCAUGGCUACAGAACUGGCGCGGGCUCUCAAGUGUAAAGGGGAAGAAGCUUCCGAUUAUCUUCUGAAUCUCAGUCCAUACGAAAUGAAAACGUUACUGCACCAUAUUCUUAGUGGGAAAGAAAUCGGAACUCGAGAAGAAGGAGAAGCGGAUAUCUUAAAAGUGGUACCGGUAACUACAAAAGCGGGGCGUUCAGGCAUUGCACGCUUGAGAAAGUCAAUCCAGUUAAAUGCAUAUGAAAACGUGACCGACAUUUUUGGUGGUCGCGGGCUUUCUGUUCCGGCUUCGAAAGCGGGUGCCGGUGAUACUGCUGCUCCCGGUGGUUUGGGUUACGCUGAAUCUAUGGCUUCGGACUUGCCGGAGAAGACUGGACGCUGGUUGCGGAGGCGGCGUCUUGACGGUGCUCUCAACAGACUGCCUCAAGAUUUUUAUCCUAGAAUCUGGUCCUUGUUGGAGAAGUCACAAGGCAUUUACAUCUGCGAUGUUUUUUUGAAUCCCAGUUUGACGAAUGAGAUGACAGCCGGCGAAAUGAAAUUCGCCAUACAUGUUGAAAAUAUCUUAUCAACAGUAGCUCAGCCUGAAUAUCGUCAGUUGUUGCUCGAGGCAUUGAUGGUUUUGACCAUGUUGGUGGAAUACGAACCAAAAUGUUCGUUUUCCAAACCGUUUUACGUGAAGUCCUUAGUCGAUGCCGCUUAUCGGGUGUUUUUGAAGGAUCAAAUUGCUGGCGAGGGCGACGCUACAAUGUGCUGCGCUAAAGCGGAGCUAUUGCAGUCUGAAACGGGACCGUCUUGUCCGCUGUCGCGUUGUGGCGGGGCAGCCGGGAUCUGCCUGCACUUCUACGAUAGCGCUCCCAGUGGACGCUACGGCACGAUGACCUGUAUGUGCCGAGCGGCAGCUGUGGAAUUACCCAUGCAUUUUCCCACAGCCACUGCGGAAGGCCUAUUAGAAUGCAAUAUUUCCUGAUUUUUAUCACUGUUUAUGAUGAGAAGCCGUUGUUGUGCCUUUGCAUUUAUUUAUUUUGUGUGAUGAUCUUCCUUUUGUCAUCCCUGUAUAGACGCUGCAGAUUUUAGAUUUUUAAGGGUUUUAUGGACGUCCUGUUUUUGAGAACAGUUCUGGUGAUUGCGGCGAUGGUGAAUGCAAACGGCUGAUUGAUCCCUUCUGCUUUGGUAAUUGUGAUAAAUCCUGAGCUGUUUUUUCGUGGAUUUAUUUUCGGCUUGCGUGCUUUGUCGAAGUUUUCAAAUGUGUGAUAUGUAAGAGCUAUCACUGUUGAAAAAUUUUGAGUAAACUA